UACCGAACUGAAUUGAACAGAUUCUAUACGUCGAUGGUUGGACUUGGACACGACAAUGUGAGUCAGGCCUUCGACUCUUCUGCUUUUUCUGUAUGUCAUAAACGUGAAGCGUAAUAUCGUGUCACAGUGAGGACACACACUCGUAAGAGAAGAAAAAUUGUAAAAUAGUCAAAUAGAUAGAUAAAGAACCGAUCGCACAAAUAACAUUCGCUUAGUCGAGAUGAACGUCGGACGCAAGACCGAGCAGAGACUGCUGCUGUCUUACUGCUCCUUCACGUGCAUCUACUUCCCCGGUAUUUUGAUACUAGCAAAAUUCAACGACAAUCUGUACAAUGUUGGCAAGUACAAAUUCUUGCCCGUGCUGCUGAUACUCGUGUUCGCCGAGAUGAUAAAACUGCUAUUUCCCAUGGUGCAAACAGAAGCACCCACUAUAGUCAAGAUCGAACAACGGGCUUCGCCAAAAGCCAAGAAGUCCUGGGCAAAAAAUCUGAGAGAGGUCUUCAAGUUCUCACUCGCCGCGUUCGCUUUGUCGAUAAUUUACUAUAUUGUGAUCGUGCUGUUCGGCGCACCCAUGCUGACCGAUCAUGAAGAAACUACUAUGCUUGUGAUCACUCUAUUGACUUUGACAUUUGUACCUACCAGUCUACAUUUAGGUGUGGACAGCGCAUUGGAUGUGUUGAUGGGAGCAUAUUCGCAAAAGGGUAAUAUCCUUGUAGAUGCCCUAAGGAUCAACAUACAAGCGACAAUAUUGGGCACAUGGCUAGGUGCUACUGUGAUCCCCUUGGAUUGGGACCGUCCGUGGCAAGUUUGGCCAGUUCCUUGUGUCAUAGGUGCACUGUUGGGCUACCUGAUUGCACAUUUCAUUACUUUAGUCAGAACACUUCCCACGCUCAAGUUGCACAGAAAAGUUCAUCGAUAAUGCAUUGGACAUUUAUAUCUUAUAAAUGAUACUUGUUUCUUAAGUGAACACUAUUGUUAUAUUCAUUGAUUGCAUAUAUAUUGCAUUUUUAAACUAUAGUACAUCAGAGAUGAUAAAACAUUAAUUUAUUAUUAUCCAUUUAUCACUCUUAUGUUUAGGUGUAUUCACGACUGUGAUGAAUGUAUGAGUUGAGACUUUGUAUAAUCUUUCUGUGUAAAUAUA